CGGGAAAGUCGGGCAAUCAAAGAAACGCUCUGCGCCUGCUUGAAAGUUAAUCGGCUUUAUUUGACGCGACUCUCUUUCUCUGCGCUGGGGGAGAUGCGCAGGCUGGGGCGAAGCCACUCUGCACAUGCUCGGAAGUCCUUUGUCUCUGGCUGGCUUUUCUCCCGGAGGAGGAGAAGCGGAGGCGUUGCACGGGUUCCGCGGUCGGCUCCGCCUCGCUGCCUGGCUUGGCUGAAUAGGCGAGCGGCGGCUCAGCUGAUGCAAGCGGCCCUCCCCGCCGCUGCCUAUAUAAGCCGAGCUCGAGGCGCCCCCGCCGCGGAACCUCCCUUUCCGUGUCUUCGAGCCGCCAGAGGCGGGCUGGGUGCCUUUCCAUCAGCAGUGGCGCCAGCGCUGCGGGGCCCGAGCUCGGGUCUUUUUCAACCAAUCGGGACAAGCUUCAUCCAAAUUUUUUUUCUCUCUCCUCCCUUCCUUGUUACUUUUACUAUUUUUCUCCCAUUCUCUUAUUUGGAAUAUUCCUGCAUUUUUAAAAUCUCAAGAUGGUGCAGAAGAAAACUGAGCUUAAAGGCUUCCAUCGUUCUUUUAAGGGCCAGAAUCCUUUCGACCUGGAAUUCUCUCGGUCCACUCACCUGGAAUCUGUCUUCAAUUUUGAAUGUUCUUCUCGGCCCGAUAUGCCUUCGAGUCAGCCCAUCGACAUCCCCAAUGCCAAGAAAAGAAACAAGAAGAAAAAACGCUGCAGAGCCACGGACAGUUUUUCAGGGAGGUUUGAAGAUGUUUACCAGCUCCAAGAAGAGAUCCUCGGAGAAGGAGCACAUGCAAAAGUCCAGGCCUGUGUUAACCUCAUUACUAAUAAGGAGUACGCAGUGAAGAUAAUUGAGAAGCGUCUUGGACACAUCCGAAAUCGGGUAUUUCGAGAAGUGGAAAUGCUGUAUCAGUGCCAAGGACACAGAAACAUCCUGGAGCUGAUUGAGUUUUUUGAAGAAGAGGACCGGUUCUACCUCGUGUUUGAGAAGAUGAGAGGAGGCUCCAUCUUAACCCAUAUCCAUCGUCGACGCCAUUUCAAUGAGCUAGAGGCCAGCAUGGUGGUGCACGACAUAGCCAGUGCCCUUAAUUUCUUGCACAAUAAAGGAAUAGCACAUAGAGAUUUAAAACCAGAAAAUAUUCUCUGUGAGAGUUCAAAUCAGGUGUCACCGGUGAAAAUCUGUGAUUUUGAUUUAGGAAGUGGGAUCAAGCUGAAUGGUGAUUGUUCUCCCAUCUCCACCCCAGAGCUCCUCACUCCGUGUGGUUCAGCAGAAUAUAUGGCCCCAGAAGUAGUGGAGGCCUUCAAUGAAGAAGCAUCCAUCUACGACAAGCGCUGUGAUUUAUGGAGCUUGGGAGUCAUUCUGUACAUCAUGCUGAGUGGUUACCCCCCUUUUGUGGGUCACUGUGGAACGGACUGCGGCUGGGACCGUGGUGAAGCGUGCCCUGCUUGCCAGAAUAUGCUGUUUGAAAGCAUCCAGGAGGGGAAGUAUGAAUUUCCAGACAAGGACUGGGCUCACAUCUCUUUUGAAGCUAAAGACCUCAUUUCAAAGCUUCUUGUAAGAGAUGCCAAAAAACAUCUGAGUGCAGCCGAGGUCUUCAAGCAUCCUUGGGUGCAAGGGUGUGCUCCUGAUAACACACUCCCCACUCCAAUCAUCCUACAAAGGAACAGCAGUGCCAAAGAGUUGACAUCGUUUGCCGCCGAAGCCAUUGCUGUCAACCGUCAGUUAAUGCAGCACGAGGAGGAAGCUGCGGAGGAGAUCCACCCCAUUAUCAUCAAAGCUACCUCAUGCUCUAUGCACCUCUCUCCUCCUUCCGAAUCCAAGCUGGCCAAACGGAGACAGAAGACCAGCAUGGCUAAAGCGAACGCCACCCAGCAUCUGGUGACCCCCUUGGUCUUGGUUGGGGAUCACAUGUGACUGCCUUUCCUUAUAUACGUCCAUUCCUUCCCUCACCCCCCCACCCCUUCUGUGCUUUUCGGACAAAAAGGUCUGCUUGAAUAGCUUAACAAAAGAUCAAGAUCCAAGUUGGCUGGUUUCCAAGAAUUCUUUUCUGUCUUUGAUCUUGUUCGACACAGGCUGUUUUGUUUCUUGUUCCUUUUUGUUUCUCCCUCUUUCUCUCUCUCUCUCUCUCUCUUUUUAAAGCUAUUUAAAUUCUAUUCCUCCCUUCUCUUGUUUCCCCUCUUCCCGGUGCAUUUUGAUAACACACAUAAUUUUUCCUUAAAAAGUUAAAAAAAAAAGUUGUCCCUUUCUCCCUACUGAAGGAUAGCUUAUCUGGGGGAGGGGGGGGCUUCUGUUCUUUUUUUUUUUCCCUCCCUUUCUCUCAGCUUCUUGUACUGUGAAAAGAGGGGAGGGAGAAACCCUUUCCCCUUGUCUGCCCCACCUCCCAAGCCUGAACUUUUUAAACGUAGCAUUUUUAUGUUUUGGAGAGUGUUUGCUUUUUUUUUAUGUUUAUUUUAAUUUUGUUCUUGCUAUUGGUUUCUUUUUUUAAAACAAACAAACAAACAUAACUACUCGGAUUCUGUAUGGUUUGAGGGUCUUUUUUCCCCAAAAGCACUGGAGUGACUGAAGGUGGGGAGGAGGGAAACAAUUGCAGUCCGUGGAUUGUAUGAAUGUUCAUUUAUGGGGAAAAUGUAGGGAAAUUGCAGAGUCUUCCCUAAAACUGUAUAGAUUCUAUAAGCUGAAAGUAGUGGUAUCUGGGAUAUAAACAGAAGGGGGAAUUGGGAAGAGGAAGCCCAUCCAUAUAGGGCAGAAUUCCUUCUCCCCAAGCCCUGGCACCGUUCACAGCACUUAUUUUGUAUUUUGUUCUUUUUUUUUUCUCUCUCAAGGGGCCAAGCUGCGGACAACACAAGAACCCUAUUUUGUUUCAAUCCAGAUAUGUCCUGUUAACAUGGGGUGGUCCAAUUUUUUUUUUAAGAGUAAAAAGGAUGUUUUAGGAUCUACUAUAGUGGAAUCUAAUCACUUCAUGGGGUUUUUCCCCUGUUUGAUAAGGAGAGAUAAAAGGUAAAAAAAAGGUUUACCGAAGUAAAAAGGAAAGAUUUUACUCCCUUCCAUAGAGUAACCCAGUGUUUUCUCACCUUGGCAGCUUGAAGACUGGACUUCAACUCCCAGAAUGGCUGGCCAGGGGAAUUCUGGGAGUUGAAGUCCACAUUUCUUCAAGCUGCCAAGGUUGAAAAACACUGGAGUAAGCUAUUGGGAAAAAAAAGUGAGGCUUAAUCUGACCGGAAGAUAGUCAACAUUAAUUAAACCAUCCUCUACAGGGCUGUAAAAAUCUUUGCAAAAAUAUUCAUAGAGAUGUAUAAUUGCUUCAGGUUUGCAACUGUAGGAUGCCCUCUCGUAUAGAAAAUUCUUAUUGUGGCAGAACAGUUUAUGGCAGUCCUUUACAACUUUUGGUGAGUGUUUUUUAAUUUUUUUUUUUUUUAAACCCAAGACGAUGCGUUGUUUGAGCUCCCCAUCUCAAAGAUAGACUGUGGCUCAAGGGAUUUAUUUUGAAAUAUUUCCCAGUCUUGGGAGCCUCGGUUCCUCUUAUUCUGAACCAGUAUAGAUAAAAUUCCUCAGGGAUGGUUGCUUCCUACGGGGACUAAUUAAUUUGGGGAACCUCUAGCCUCCCCUUCCCCCAAUCUUUACAGAACUACAAUUCUUAUAAUUGUGGGUUUUGUGUAAGAAAACAACAAUGAAUCUAGUUUAAAGCUAGGCCUGCUGGAAGCUUGUGAAUCUGGGGGAGCAGAGGCAGAACUGUAAAUCAAACUCAGGAUGGUGCAUUCAGAUGUGCUAAAAUGAUCAAAAGCCUGCUUUUUGGAAUAGGGGAAGGAAGAGAAACACUUGUAUGCAUGUGGUGUUUCUCAUUACAGAGAAGGAACUAGAAGACUGAGUGAUUUUUUUUUAUAAAAAAAAAUCUGUUUCAACGCGUGAAAUUCAAGCAGUUAGCAAGUAGCAUAUUGGGGUGAAAUUCUGGUAGAGGAUUCUCCAAGAGGGAUGUGAAAAUAGUAUUUGGUUAGUGGUCCUCUUUGGCGUCCACCUCUUCUCGUCACCCUUUCUGAUCAGAGUAUAAGUAUCAACGUAAGGAUUGCCAGACAAUUGCGAACAGUUUGUGCUAUUGCUGUCUGACCCUUCUCCAAUUCCUGCGGUGUUGAGCAUCUAAGCCUGGGAGACAUUAUAGGAAUUGCCUGCAUUAUGGGGCCUCAAGGCUCAGGAGCAUUCUGGGAAAUUAAAUGGCAGCUCCAAUUUCAUGAUGGGUGUUGCUCAGCUGCUGCCUGUUGAUGCUGAGUCUAGAGGAGACCAACUUGAGAGCAUUUUUGUGGGGUCUCCUUCUAUACCUUGAUAUGAAACUGUCCUCAAUGUUUGGUCAGCCCAUGGUUGGGUGUCAAUAUCCUGUUCACCAUGGAUCAAUCAUGGUGGAUUAGAGGUGCUUCUGAGGACAUUCUUUUAUGUGAAUAGGCCAUGAGCUAGCUGAAAGGGAGGGAAAGGCAUACCAUCGCCUCUUAAAACAGGAGUCCAACCAUGGCAACUUUAAGACCUAUGGACUUCAGCCCCCAGGAUUCCACAGACAGCAUGUCUGGCUGAGAAAUUCUGGGAGUUGAAGUCCACAAGUCUUACAGUUGUGCAGAGUUGGACACCCCUGACUUAAAGGCUUGAAUAUAAUGAAACAUGAUGGUGCUUUCCAGGCACACCUGGAAAUUUAGAUUAUUGGCUGUUUGUAUCCACUGGGGGAGACUCAGCCCCUCUCCCCACUCUGAGACAUACACCCACCACUCUGUGAUACACACUCUUGAGAGCAAGUCCUACUCUCAGAAUUUCUCGAAAAGACUGCGCACACAUGCAGGCAGUGAAAACGUUUGUACAUAAAUCAGUAUUGCAUCAUGAUAUAGAUUGGAAAAUAUUCUUGAAUGUGUGUGUGGUGCCUUGAUAACGGUGGCAGUUGUGACUAGGCCGUGGGUGGGCAGAUAACUUUUGCCACGCUCAAAUCUAGUAGUAUUUCUGUCUACCAUCCUUUAUGCAUAAGCUACAGGGCAAGCAGCGCUAUGCAUUCUGACUUGGGAGCAACGCUUACUGACUUCUGUUGGAUUUGUUUCCAACAAAGUAUGUGUAGGACCGGUUGAUGGCUGAAGGGCUGCCUUUCUUAAGGGUAAAGGUAUGGAUGGGAAAGCUUAUUGAAUCUGUUGGACUUCCUUCAGAGGACUCAAGGGGAGGAUCAGCCAGUUAGUUACAGUUUGAAGGUGAAAGUUGUUGUUAAAAUCUAGCUAGGGAGGUGAUUUUGAAACUUAGUGUGUUUUGCUGUGCAAGGCAAGGGAGAGUUUGCUAUUGUUUUAAGGUCAGUUUGACCUAUCUGAUCUCCUUUCUAAGUCUUGGGAUUUUUUCUUUUAAUCCAGUGAUAACAAGAUAGAUCCUCUGCAGGACUUUGGCAGAAUUGGUUGAACAGCCAUGUGUAUAAGCUCAAUCUUGAAUGAUUGUGGCAAAACAUCUGCUGGUGACUUCAGCUGCUAUCCAGAUGUGCACGUGUGGGUGUAUGUGAUCUAAUAGGAAGGAUGCUUGUCUCUGAAUAAAGACUUUUUCUAAAUAACAAUACUAUGCAAAGAAGUUUGGAUUCUUUUUGCUGAGAAAGAGAAGUAAUUUUUUUCAGAUGCAGGAUAAUUGAUUUUUUUUUUACAUAAAUGUGGAGGCUUGUAAAAUAAUUUGUCACCUCCUUUCUUUUCUACUUUUUGAUAUUUUUCUCUGCUUUCUUGACAGAAGGUAAAACAGAUGGGAUCUCCUUUCUAGUAUUAUGCUUUGCUUGUUGUGACCUUGCGGUCUUUUCCAACAGAUGUGCUUUCAUUAAGGAAUGGGUUAGAAAGAUGGUACCAUCUGAAAAUAAUGAGGUGCAGAAUACACUGGUUAGCUGAGCUGGCUACAUUAUGGGAGAAUUUAUUUUUAAAUCAAAGAACUUUUUAUCAUACAAUUCAGAACAAAAUUCUAAAUAGGUAUGGAUUUUGUCACCAAUGAUAAAUAACCUUGUGGUCAGAAAUUACUUGAACAGUGGUGGGUUCAGGCUCUUUGGCUCAAGAAAGCAGUAGCCUAUCGCUUCUAAAUUGCCUGAUACUUAAAUCCUUUCAGGAUUAGAAGCAAAGGGAGCAGCUUCCAGUGUGGAUGUUCUCAUUCAGAUGGUUUUAAAUGGUAUGAUGGGAUAUAAUUUGCUUUGUUUUUGCUUUUUUGUUGUUGUUUAUGCUGCGUCUAUCCUUCAAAAGAAAGAUAGCUUUAAGAACAGUUUAUCAAAAGUUAGGAAUAUAUUUACACACCAAUUUUUUUUUCCCUCUCAAGAGCAUCCAUUCCCCAGAAGUGACAUGGUACCUAUAUUUGGCUGAGCAUUUUAGCCUGAUCCGCAACAACUCUAAACCUUUUGAUCAUAGGGCCAGUGUGUAUGGUUGGUUCAUCUGAAAAAAAAAAAAUUGUGUAAAAUGUCCUCCUCCCUAGCUCUUUGGGAUACUACUUUGGGAGAAAGAAAAAUUGCCUUCUGCUUCCCUCUGUUUGAUUCUUAAAGGGCCAAAAUGGGACUCCUGUGAUGCCUAUGGUAUGCUGAUAGGUUGGGAACGAUGGACAGUGACUUUCAAACCAGCAUUCUCAGUUGAAACGUGCUGUGCACCAAUCUUUUUUAAACUAGGAUACUUCUCAGGAUUAUUAUGUCAACACGUGAAGGAUUGCUCAUACUCCUUUUUUGUCUCUCAUUCGUGCCUGAUAUUUAAGAAACAAAAACAUCAUAGAUAAUUUAUGAAGUGUUUGGAAUCGUGUGACAAGACGUGCACAAGGUACAAAAUAAAAUCAUGUAGAGCGCCAAAUAAUAACUUUUGUAUCCCCCUCCUGUGUGUGGAUCAUCUUAACAUACAUAGCCCUUCUCUGCAGGGUUGAACAUUUUUUAGGAGUGCAAGCGCAGUGGGUCAGAAUUGUGACCCACCCAGGAAAGUGUGCUUUUUAAUUGGUGAGCUUUUUAAAAGCAAAUAAACUGUCUUUGGCGAGUGGGCGAAGUGAAACAAUAUCAUAUAAAAGCAUUGCUAAGAUCAUAUCUUACUCUGGGAUGGUGUACCUGAUCUGAAUAAUCUUGAGUGAAAGGAUUCAAGUGUGCCCAAAAGUGAACUCUGUCCUAUCUUACCUGUUAUGAAAGAAUGAGGUUUCUGUGCCCAUUGAAAUGGGUGGUUGUGGUCUGCUGGCACUGGGGUGGUUUUUUUUUUUUUUUUAAAGGCUUCUGUCAAAAUAACAUAACUUGCCUUAACUCAUUUCCUUUGCAAUGCGGAAUUCCAUCUUGGUUUGAAGUUGAUUUUGUAAGAUGAAGGUGCAUCGACUGUUCAGGUUUUGAAUGAAAUAUAUUAAGUGCAUCCAGAUUCCAUCCUGGAGGGAGAUACUGUGAACCAUGGGUGGCUUUUCUGCAUUUGAUGUAAUAGCCCCUCCUGAAAUUUCAUCACUUGGGUGAUUGGAUUGGGAAAUGGGUUUGAAGACUAGGAAUUUGAAUGCAUUUGAGGUGCAUUCUUUCCCAAAUCUAAUGGGAAAGAAGCAGCUAAGCUAGAAAUUAUUGUUUUCAGUGUUGGGUUUUCUCUGAUGACUGAUGGGAUUGGUGGAAAAAAAUAGAACCCACUUUAAUACAGAGGGACUUAGUUAACACCAUAGAAAACAAGAUGGCUUGAGCCUCAAAUAAUCUGUCUUUUUCCAUGGGGUUUGCAAACAGAAUUAUCAUUUGUAGUAUUUAUGCCUUUGGCAAUAUGAAUCUCUUUGAUUCCGUUUCUUGUUCCUAAUUUCAACCCUGAACACAGAUAAAACAUUUCCCUGUGAGCGAUUUUUAAGACUUGCAUUGUCUAUAUCCACACUUCACCCAGAGGGAUUUGACUAUGGUGGUUUGGAGUCUAAAAUCUACAAUCUCAGCAUAUCUGGAGGCUACGAGAUUGGAAAAAGCUGUCUAGACUUCCUUUCCCCCCUUGAUUUUCUUUCCUUUCCUUUUUGUAUUCCUUUUUGUGUGUGUGAGACCAAAAUUGGUGGUGCUUAGAUUUCUUGCUUCUUAAUUCAGUCGGAAUUAGAGGGAUGGGAGAUACGGAGUGCUUGGAGGUGUUUAGACUACUCGAGCUCAUUUGAAUUAACCCCCAGGAAUUCUGUUAAAUGGGCAUAUAGCUUCUGGAGAGUCUUAAAACGCUGUCCUGUUCUGCACAGUUCCCUGGAUUUGGAAGCCCAAAGAGUUAAACUAUGUUUAAAGUCACUAGUUCUUAUGAAGAAAUGGACUUGUACCUUUGGACAGAUAUAGGAAUGCCUCCAACAUGCUCCCUUGACAUCUCAACCAUCUAUUUUCUCUCAAGAUUGCUUUCCAUAUAUUUAUAGUUUGCAUUGUGUUAUUUUCCAAUUAGUUGUGCACAGACGAUUCUGUUCUUGCCAAAAUUCUUACUUUCAAACUUUCACAUCCCACACCCCCUCAGUAUUUUUCUUUAUAAAAACGUUUAUUGGAAAGCAUCUUGUUUUGUACCUCCACGAGUUUUAAUUAGCUGCAUAUAUGAGGACAGGAGAACAUAUUGAUGCAUCUUUGACUUAAUGCCCUCCUCUCCUCAGUUUAAGUCUAUUUAGAACUGGUUAUUUAGCAUUUUACUGUGAAGUUGGUUUCUUUUCUUUUCUUUUAUGAGAAAAAUCAGUUCAGGAAAAAUAUUUUCCUCUGAUUACCAUAAAAGACUGCCAAAGGUUUUGUUUUCUGACAUAAAGUCACCUUAACGCACCACUGGGGACUAUACAUGCCAGAGUCCUUCAUCAAAGGACUGGUUUGAAAAUGACAAAUUAAAAAAAAAACUUUUAAAAUCUUAAAAAAACAAAAAAAAAACAAAGCACUUUAUUAUGUACCAGGUGAACUGAUUCAGCUUGAUGGAACUUUUUCCUUUGUAACACCUUGUUGAUGCCAGAAUUUUUUGUAUUCUGUUUUGUAAGAAUUUAAUAAAUGCAUUGAAACAUGUGAA